AUGGGAGCGGCGAAGAUGAGAUCGGUGAACAUGGAGUCCAAAGCAAUCAAGAGUCAGUGCUUUCUAACGUUUGGUCUUUCAUUCAACUUGAUCCUGACUUUAGGGUCACUUGGAUUCACGUGCUAUUCAUUGCAUCGAUUAGAUUCUCGUGUGACAACAGUCGAACAGAAUGUUUUACUAACAAAUCCCUCUGAUCAGCUUCUCAGUCGAGUGACUGUUGAACCAACUUCUGCCGAACCACAUCCAGGUGGCUCACGAAUUAAAGAGACUGUCCGCGAUAAAAGAGCUGCGGAUAAAGGAUCCAGUUGCCGCAAAUGUAGACGCGACUGCCCUAAUUCGAGUGGUGUAAGUUUUUUUUUUGUUUGCUCGUUUAUCAAAUAUCAUCUUCACAAAUGCAUAGAGAUCUUUUUGAGGAAAAUUUGAAUGACUGGAACAUAAACCUGCUUGUUAACCUAAGUUAACCGAAAGAGUAACAACACAAAAGAACAAUUUAGUCGGGGAAAUUUUUGAUCACAGCCUUAUCGCGAAUUAUCUAUAACUAGGGAAUACGCCAGGUUUAAUCUGCUUCAACGAGAGCAGAACACUUUCUUAUGAAGUUGCUUCCUUGAUGUAACACAUUCUCUCUCAAGGGCGUCAGUGUUGUGACACUCAUAAGUAACGCAGUCUCCGAUCCAUCAAUAGUUUGAAUGAGUGCCAUCAAGAAAGUGGUAGAUGAGGCGGCGAGGAUAAUUUUAUUUAAUUCACUUUUAUUCCAUUACAUCUCUUUUAGCGGUGACUUUGGCUUAACAAAGACUCAGUCGCCUACAGAAGACUAUCAUGCUAAAAGCAACCAUCCAUAAUUUUAUGAGAAAUAAUGCGAGUUAUUUUUUUCUCAAAGAAACAGAACUUGACAAUGGAAGGAAGCCAGGAAAAGACAGUUUGUGUGGAGGGUAAGUUUCGUGUGACUUUAUUUAACGCUUAUUUCAACAGCGUUUAUAAGUCACUUAUUGGCAGUUUCGGUUUUAGCAUUGGUUGUAUUUCUACUCACGGGGCUGCUGUGGGAAAAAACUCUUGACUUUUAGUUACCGGAAAUGUGGCGCUAAUAUAACAGUGCAUCUUUAGGAAUCGUCACGUCAAAUGUUAUCGAAGAGGUUUCUGACAGUCAUUAAGCCAGUUUGGCAUGCAAGGGACAAAACCAACGAAAGGAUAAGAUGGAAAGAAAGAAUUAACCUAACAGAAUUAUUUAUUCUCAGCAAAUGGAAAUUGUCAGCAUAUCGCGAUGGCUUUCUUAUAAUGUCACUGACAUUAAAUGCUCCUCGUAUUUUUCUAGUUUCAUGAAUGCCAUAUAGCACCUGAAAGGGAAAAUAGAGCAUUAUGAGAAAAAGUGGAAAAAGAGGUCAUCUGAAGGAGAGUACUGCAAAGAGGAUAAAAAAAAAACAAAAUUGUCAUGAUUUUCUUUCUUUUAAUGACAACCAUAUCAUUUAUUGGCCGUCUGUUACUGUGUGUUCCUUUCAUCGGAUCUUGUAGGACCUCAAGGCCCGCCUGGACCACCAGGAACUCCUGGCUUACCAGGUUCCCAAGGCUCCCCCGGGAAAAAUGGAAAACGGGGGCGAAGAGGAACAAAAGGCCCGCCGGGUCCCCAGGGAAAACGGGGUGUCCGAGGUUUGCCUGGACCCCCUGGAAAGUCGGCACAACUUAAAACAAAUCGUAACAGAGGAAAUCAGUUAGGUAAUAAAAUGUACUUCUUAACCUAUAUCGGAACGGAAGGACUUGAAAUAUUAAUUUUCUUUAGCACUUUAAAGCUAAAACGUGUCCAAAUACAAAAGUUCUUGACACAAUAACACUAACAUUAGCUUUACGAAGUUUAUAAGUCUUAAUUGGUCUAUCUUCAUGUCAGGCCGCACAGUCCAUUUCCGUGAUAAGAACCAGUAAACUGUUACUCGUACUUCUCUAAAUUUUCAAACUUAAUGCAAUAGCAGAAGAAAGUCACUUUUUUUUUUCAGAAAAACCGUACUUUGUUAAAAAGCCUCCCACCUCUGUGACGGUUAAAGAGAAAGAAACGGUCACAUUACCUUGUGAAGCAAAUGGCUUUCCUCAACCGGUAAUCACGUGGUAUAAAGAUGAACGCUUAAUAGAAGAAGACAGAAAGCAUUUCGGGAAAGAAAGAUCUGAUAUUGAAAGAAAGCGAGUUCAAGGAUCGCGGUUUGUUCACCUGUAA